AUGGCCCUGGCAGCAUAUCGUCACGUCCUUCGAUCCACCCAGGUUGCAUUUCAGGGCGAUCUCCGGACACUCUCGGCCGCCCGUGUCGAAGCGCGCUCGAAGUUCGAUCAGAAUCGCUUCCUCUCCCCUUCCAGCACCGAGGCUGAGCAAAAGGUGCUCGAAGCGAAGGAGGUAGCGCGUAUAUUGAGGCAGAAUGUUGUGCAGGGAGAACAGGUCACGGGGUCUAAACUUCAGGAGCAAAGAUACCAGCUACGAAUUCAUGAGGAGAUUGAGCGGGGCAACAACGACUCGAUCAAAAAGGGGUCAAGUCUAGCAGCGGCUGCAACAGGAUUUUGUGGUGGAGCAAGAUGA